CGCCCGCGGCCGCGUGCGUCACAACCCGGGCGCCUGCCGCGCCCGUCCAGCUCGCCUGCCCGGCGGUCCCCGCGGCGGCGGCGGCGCGGCGGCGGCGGCGGCGGCUGCGGCCGGGUGACAACAGCAGCGGCGCCAGGCUGGCUUGCUAGCGGAAGGGUCGCGCGGCCCGCACAACAAACUCAGACCCGGCCGGCACAAGGCGCGACGCGAGCAAGGCCGAGGCGGGCCGCGCGGGAGACCGCGGGCGCCGAGUGACAGGCCGGCGUGAGGGAGGGAGCGCGCAGGUUGCAGCCGCCGGCGGCCCCGACCCGCCGGUCCCCUCGGCCGUCGCAGGCAUGAGCCACAUCCAGAUCCCGGCGGGGCUCACGGAGCUGCUGCAGGGCUACACCGUGGAGGUGCUUCGGCAGCAGCCGCCCGACCUCGUCGACUUCGCGGUGGAGUACUUCACACGCCUGCGCGAGGCCCGCCGCCAGGAAUCAGACACGUUCAUCGUCUCCCCGACGACCUUUCACUCGCAGGAGCCCAGCGUGAUCCCCGUCCUCGAGGAGGACGGGGAGAGCGACUCGGACUCGGACGAUGCGGAUCUGGAAGUUCCGAUUCCUAGCAAAUUUACUAGACGAGUAUCAGUCUGUGCAGAAACGUUUAACCCUGAUGAAGAAGAGGAAGAUAAUGAUCCAAGGGUGGUUCAUCCCAAAACUGAUGAGCAGAGAUGCAGGCUGCAGGAAGCUUGUAAAGAUAUUCUUCUUUUCAAAAACCUCGAUCAGGAGCAGCUUUCCCAAGUUCUGGAUGCCAUGUUUGAAAAGAUAGUCAAAACUGACGAGCACGUCAUCGACCAAGGAGAUGAUGGAGACAACUUUUAUGUCAUAGAACGGGGAACGUAUGACAUUUUAGUAACAAAAGAUAAUCAAACCCGUUCUGUUGGUCAGUACGACAACCGUGGCAGUUUUGGAGAACUAGCCCUGAUGUACAAUACCCCAAGAGCUGCUACCAUCGUCGCCACCUCAGAAGGCUCCCUUUGGGGACUGGACCGGGUGACUUUUAGAAGAAUCAUAGUGAAGAACAAUGCAAAGAAGAGGAAGAUGUUUGAAUCAUUUAUUGAGUCUGUUCCACUCUUUAAAUCACUAGAGAUGUCAGAACGAAUGAAGAUUGUAGAUGUGAUCGGGGAGAAGAUCUAUAAGGAUGGAGAGCGAAUAAUCACUCAGGGUGAGAAGGCUGACAGCUUUUAUAUAAUUGAGUCUGGAGAAGUGAGCAUCCUGAUCAGAAGCAAGACUAAAACGAACAAGAAUGGUGGGAACCAAGAGGUUGAGAUUGCCCAUUGCCAUAAGGGGCAGUACUUUGGAGAGCUUGCCCUGGUCACCAACAAACCCAGAGCUGCUUCUGCGUAUGCAGUUGGAGAUGUCAAAUGCUUAGUUAUGGAUGUCCAAGCAUUUGAGAGGCUUCUGGGCCCCUGCAUGGACAUCAUGAAGAGGAACAUCUCGCAUUACGAAGAACAGCUGGUGAAGAUGUUUGGCUCCAACUUGGAUCUGAUGGAGCCCGGGCAGUAGACAUGAUGAGUCUGGGAGCCUUCUCAGUGUGAUACCAAAACCUUCCAGUCAGCCACAAGAACACACAGAAAACAGACACGACAGAACCGUUCCUGCUGCUGUCUCCGCCGCCGCCAUUGCUGUGGUUAAGGGCAUUUAGAAAUCUUGAAAGUCAGCAUGGAAAGAUGGACGGAGGCUCCACCCACACCCACCUUCCACUUUGCUUCUGAACGCCGCAUUAGACCAUUUAUGUCGUGAUUACUCCAACCCAGGUUUCACAUUUGGUUCAGAAUGGCCUGUCUCUCCAGCAAUUUAAGUGCCUGAUACAAAGUCCAAAGUGUAAACAUCCUCCUUCCUCUCUUGCUGCUAAAGUUGCUUCAGAAAGUUCUAAGGUCUGCAGAAACCUGUUGAAUAACUGUAGACACCUCCACAGUCCUUCUGGGGGAGGAAAUGGUAGAACCUUCCAUCUCAUUUGUCUUUUAGAAAGUCCACAGUGUGUUCACAAUUGCUGCUUUGUUCUCACAGUGGAAGGUGGUAGUAGUCAUACUGGAGCUGUGUGCCCAGAGGCCCUGUACUAUUGGCUGGCAGCUGCACACUAUACAGCUGUGUCCAAGUUCAGAAAGAAGCCCUCCCGAAGGCCCAGCAGGUCCGUACGAGCAGACUCACGUUAGCAAGGAACUUGGAUUCAGCACUCUUGCCAGUAGUAUCCAUAAAAGGUUUUCUGGGUUAGGGGUUUUGUUGUUUGUUUUUAGUACGUUUUUUUUUUUUUUUAACCUCUGUGCUGUUUACAUAAACAAAUUGCUAUCCCCUUCUAAGGAGCCAGGGGUGGCUGGUUAGCUCAGCCGGUCAGAGCAUGGUGCUGAUACAAGGAGCCAGGGUCUGGAGGUAUUAUCACCUUAUCUGACCUGAGUACUUCACUGAGUGACCCCUGCCAUGCCCGUCACUGGCUGAUAGCAGGAGGCCAGCAGGAGCUGUGCUGCGCAGACAGAGCAAGUGCUUCCUUUCAGUAUUGCAGAGCGAGGCUGGUAAUCGUCAGUUUUAAACUCUUAAAAAGAAGCUUUUUAAAAAAAAAAAAGGAAAUUAUGUCUCUAGAGAGUUUGCCUUGGAUGUAUUCAUAUACAAGGAGUUUGUCCACUGACUUAGGCAUUUGCCCUCUAUAUUCGUUUUUAAACUUGGUAUCAUUGGGUAGGGAUUGGGUGCAGCUCAGUGGCAAAGCACUUCUGUAGCGUGUGCAAGGCUCUGGGGUUUGUCUCCAGCACUGUAAUAGCCACAGGAAGACAGGUUAUCAUGUGUAAACCAGGAAUUACUAUGACGGCCUUUCUAAGUAACAGUCUCGACUUUUGCCAUGGUCACCAUAGCCAAGAAAUGUCCAAAGUAGGUGAGUUGCCACAUUUUUGGCAGUCACUUUUUCUUGUGUUCCAUGAAGUAACAGCAGGGCUCUUCGGACCGCUGAGGAGCCUGCGCUGCAGAUCUGGGAACUGCGCAGUUGUAACUCUGAAGCAGGCAGCUAGCACUGGAAAGCCCUCGUAGUGAUCCUGAAUUUUCCUAAGGUCCUUCUCUAUGGUAUCACUUUAUUCAAUAAAUUUGACUUCGUACUUUGACAGAAUAAUACCUGAUUUCUUGCAAAGAUAAGAGGUGCAUUGGGCUCCAGGAGCAGCCCAGAAAUCCAACCCCAGACUUUACAAAGACUCUGACCUCUCCCCACCCUCCAUGCCGGUGUUGGUUAGGGCUAGCUGUGAAUCUCAUGCCAGAGUUAUUCCUGCAGGCUGCUAGGUAGGCCUUUGCCUGUCCUCACACUUCCCGGGCUAGGCCUCACAGUCCUCCUUGUCACCCUUCCUGCCUCACUGACAGCUGUUCUUUUACAGAGAAGGCAUCAAGUCCAAGUUCUGCUGUAGCUACUGAUUGAGUCUUCACUGCAGUGUGGCCCUGUGUCAGGGCACUGUGUGACGGAGCCAUGGGAGAGGUUCUCCUAGUCUCAGGAGCUUGGGUGGUGAUGAAAGAUGUCUGUCAUCACAGCGCCAGACCCUGACAGUGUUCCAGGUCUCUCUGCAGCUUAGAGAAUCAGAGGUGAUAGACCAGGUUUUUCUCAAGGUUGCGGUGUUCCCAUGGUGGAGGGCAACUCCUACAGCUGCCAGCUGGGCUGAAGUGUCAAAAAGAUUCCUUAGCUAGCGCCUCUCUCCUGAGGGCUCUGGCUCCCCUCGCUCUUCCCUGGCUUUGCUGUUGACUUGGAAUGACAGAGGAUGUUCCUUGGAGCCUUGAGCUCCCACUGCAGUAUUCCCUCCGUCCUCCUUACCACUCACUCCACUGCAGUGUUCCCUCCGUCCUCCUUACCACUCACUCCACUGCAGUGUUCCCUCCGUCCUCCUUACCACUCACUCCCGCUCUCUACUGAAUUCUCUGCAGGCGGGCUCUCUCCCCAUCCUCUGGGCUCACAGUCUUCUUAAAGAAUUAUGUGUUCCUGGCGUAGAGUCUCAGUCAGCAUUGAGCUUUUCUUUGAACAGUUUAGUAAGCAAAUUCAGCAGCAAAGUGGCAAAAAACAAAAACAAAAAACAAAAAACAAACAAACAAACAAAAAAAACAAAAGCAGAAACAAAAACAAAACAAGAAAAACCAAGGCUCCAGCCGAGGCCCCACACAUCCUGACUGCCCAGGCUCUGCUCGCUCGAGGUGGAGGUGGUGGGGCCGCUGUGUACUGCUGGUGUCCAGGUGCCCGUGCACACAGCGUUUUGUGGGGUGUCACAGUUUUCAUUUUAAAAAGAUGAAAGCAUUUUGCACAGAGAAAGAAAAGGACCCAUGAAUGUCAUCUUUUAUCUUUCUCAAGUCAGUUGAUAUUGAAAUUUUUGUUUUUGAUAAUGCACUUGUAAACCAAUCUCACCAAGAUCUGGGUAGUUUUUGAUCUUUCACUACAAUUACCUCUUGUCUCUCCUGUCUUGACUGCUGGCGUUCCUCCGUGAUUCUAAUGUCUAUUUAUGGGGAGCAGCCUUCCCGUGGGUUUCCUAUUACACUCUGCAGGGCUAUCUUUAUAAAAAAAAAAUGAAAAUUGUCGCUCACCUCAUGGGGGAUUUGCAGAAAACCAUUUAGCCCACCUUGAGCAAAGAUUAGAUUCCUCGUUUUUUUGUUUUGUUUUUAACUCAUUGUAAUAAUUUUUUUAAAAAAAAUCCAAUUAAGCAUUAUUGUGCUACCUCAAAGGUAAAAAGAUUCUAAGGUCAUCUUUUGGUCCUGAGUUCUAUAUAUGGUGUUUGAAAUGUCUCUCAAUUGGAAUUAUUUUUUACAUCAUUGGGGUGAUUCUUAUUUUAACCUGUUUUACACUUGUAUUUUAAUCUCAAAAGAAUAUAUGAUUGGAAAACAAUUCUUGAUCUGUAGUCUUGAACAUAUAAUUAAAAGUCACUAGAAAUUAAUCAUAGUUUGUUGUAAACAAGGUUGGGUUUUUUGUUUAUUUUUUAAAGGAAACUCUAGGGCCUGGCUUCACUCUUGACUAAUAAAGGCUGACAAAUCA